AAUUCUUUACAUUAUGCAACAGUUGGCAACCGUUCAGUCCAAAUUAUACACUACUGUCAGAGAUAUGUUUUAAUAAUUAAUUAUUUAUGUUGUUUAUUGUGAAUAUCAUUAUUGAAAGUCAAUAAUGUCGGAAGUGUCUUCAAAAACUCUUCGCAUUUUGCAUUUACCACCAUCGCUUUCUGACGAGCGACGUGAUGAACUAUUUAAAAAAUUUAAUGCAAUAAAAACAAAAACAAUAAGAAAAUCGCCUAAGUUUACAAUGACUUUUGCGGAAUUUUCGUCUGAAGAAAUUGCUACAGAAGCAUUUCUACGCCUUCAUCAAUUAGAAAUAAAAGGUCAUCGAAUAUCUAUUGAAUUUGCUAAAAAAUCAAUAUCUACCGAUUAUACAAAGACUGAUAGUAGUAAAAAAGUUGACGAGGAAGAGUUAAAAAAAGAAUCUUCUGAAAAAAUACAUCUUCAAAAUUUCCUUAAAAAAUUAAACAAUUGGACUGGAAGUAAUGCCUUUACACAACCACCUAAUCCUAAUAUUACAUAUAAAUAUCCUGCACCUUCAAAGGAAACUUUAUUACGAAUUUCAAUUCAAUUAAUAAAGGAACCCAUGUUUUAUACACAGGUAUUGCAUUUAAUGAACAGAAUGAAUUUACCUCCACCAUUUGAAGAAUUGGAAUCGAAUUUUCCAUUACUAAAAGAAUUAUACAAUGUGGAUCAGUAUAAAAAUAUUUUCGGAAUUGAAGAAUUAACACAAAAGGAAUCUUUUCAAAAUUUUGAACAACAUGAUAUAGAAGAAGAAGAAGAAUCAGAAUCGGAAAUUGAAUCCGAAGAGGAACCAAGUGGAAAAAUUCAAAAUAUUAUUCCAAUGAAAAGAAAGAGGCCAUCUUCUUCUAGAAAAAUGAAAAUUCCAAAGUUUGUUAAUCCUAAUAAACAACUCAGUGUUCCUUCCACCUCUACUCAAAAGCCAUUGUUAAGGCCACAAGAUUUAUUUGAAUCAAUAGACAAAAAUGAACCGAAAAAAUUGGAAUUAAAAAUAAACAGUAAUAUGCCUUUAUUGGAAUCAACAUCAUCAUCUUUUCUUGUUUCUAAUGAUGUCCAAGAGGGAGGUUUUGGUCUUAUUUUUCCAGCUAAUAAAACUGAUGUAAAAAUUCCCGACGAAAGUGAGAAUGUUGAAGAGAAGAAAGAGCAAGAAUUUAUUACAUCCGAAGAAUUAUCAACUAAUCGUAUCUCGAUUAAAGAUUAUGAUAAAUUCACUGCAUUUAAGAAUUAUCAUCCUGGAAAACCGUCAUGCCGUUUAUAUAUAAAAAAUCUAGCGAAGCAAGUUGAGAUUAAAGAUUUGCACUUUAUUUAUAAGAAGUAUGUGAUCGAAGACUUAGUUUCCGCUGAAAAUCAAUAUAGUGUGCAACUCAUGCAAGGAGGACGAAUGAAAGGUCAAGCAUUCGUUACAUUACAAAAUAUUAAACAGGCGGAAAUUGCUCUUGCUGAAACGAAUGGCUAUAUUCUAAAAGAUAAACCAAUGGUUGUUCAAUUUUCAAAAACUGUACAAAAUUAGAUAUUAUUAGGUUAUUUAGUAAAAUAUUAAAUAUUGCUAAUUUUCAAUUGUUAGUUGAAAAUUAGUCUAAAUUAAAAAAAAAACAUGUAAAAAAAGUGUAUAAAAAUUGUUAAUAUUAAAUUGUUUAAUUUCCAGUGGAAUUAAUAAAAUAUUUAUUAUUUAAAUAAUAA